AGUCUCUCCUCGCAUCUGGACCAGGGGAGGCGCGAGAUCGAACUCGGUUGGGGCCAGGAACUAUCCGGUCACCGGGAGAACCUCACCCGGGCCAAAGGACGCAGCUGCCCGCACUGCGGAGGCGCAGCCAGAACUGUGGGAUGUGCCCGGCGGGAGCAGGCCGUCCGUGCGUGGACUGCCACGCGUUUGAAUUCAUGCAGCGCGCUCUUCAGGACCUGCGGAAAACGGCCUACAGCUUGGACGCGCGGACGGAAGCCCUCCUGCUGCAGGCUGAGCGUCGGGCUCUGUGUGCUUGCUGGCCAGCUGGACGCUGAAGACUUUUGACCACCGGUGUCCCCUGCCAAUAAAUGCUUGCCAGCA